AAGCGCAUGCGCCGUCCUCAACAAGCGGCAGCGUUCGAUUGAGUGACUUGCGGCUAAAAACUAGCUGAAUCAUUUGGCCAACGUGUCCCUUUUCCCUUUUUCUUGUGGUUGCACGCGUCUUGCGAAGCCAUGGCGGCGAGAUACGAUAGAGCGAUCACCGUCUUCUCCCCGGACGGACAUCUCUUUCAAGUGGAGUACGCGCAAGAAGCUGUGAAGAAAGGCUCCACGGCGGUGGGAAUCAGGGGAAAAGACAUCGUCGUCCUCGGAGUUGAAAAGAAAUCAGUAGCCAAGUUGCAGGAGGAGAGAACCGUCCGCAAGAUAUGCGCCCUGGAUGAGCACGUCUGCAUGGCAUUUGCAGGACUGACGGCAGACGCCCGUAUCGUGAUCAACAGAGCGCGUGUUGAGUGUCAGAGCCAUCGGUUGACUGUGGAAGAUCCCGUCACUGUGGAAUACAUCACACGUUACAUAGCCACAUUGAAGCAGCGCUACACCCAGAGCAACGGUCGCAGGCCAUUCGGCAUCUCUGCUUUGAUUGUCGGCUUCGACGACGAUGGGACUCCCAGGCUGUAUCAAACUGACCCGUCGGGGACGUACCAUGCCUGGAAGGCGAACGCGAUUGGCCGCAGUGCCAAAACGGUGAGAGAAUUUCUGGAGAAGAACUACACAGACGAAGCCAUCGCUGGAGACAAUGAGGCGAUCAAGUUGGCAAUCAAAGCUUUGCUCGAGGUGGUCCAGUCAGGUGGGAAAAAUAUUGAACUGGCUGUUAUCAGACGGAAUCAACCACUGAAGAUCCUGGAGUCCAAGGAGAUCGAGACGCUUGUGGCUGAGAUUGAAAAGGAAAAAGAGGAAGAGGCCGAAAAGAAGAAGCAGAAAAAGUCCACUUGAAAUCUUUAUUCUUCUUCUUCUUUUUUUUUUUUUUUUUUAUUGCACUUGGAUAUGGAAGUAGCCUUUUUAGGGAGGGUAAAGGGGGCUGAUAACUCAUCAUAUAUUUCACUGUAAAGAGGUGAAUCCUAACUUGGGAUACUGCACCAGAUGUACUAUACCUCCAGCUGUGUGUAAAUACUCAUACAUACAUGCAGCGCUCAAGUUAGGUUUCACAUAAGGACACUUUUCUAUCAUUCAUCAAAGUGCUUUGAUGAUGACAAAUAUCCCAUUUUAAAAUAGACCGUUCAGAAUUGUAAUUGGGAACAAUUCUCAAUAAAAGAUGACUUGUUUAUAAAGCCUUACUGACCUUCAUAUCAUGACACAAAAGAGGAAAAAAAACAUGACAGUAUCUCAGCUUUAUAGUGGGGGACAACAAAAGCCUCAGGGGAUAAAUAAAGAAUUCUUGCUCUUAAUGACAACAAUUGCAGAUAUUACAAUAUUCAUACAUAAUCUACCAGUAUUUGCUUCAGCCUAAGGAAGUCCACAUCACAUGUCACAGUCUCUUUUGUCAAUUCUCUAAAUAUAAUAAAAAAUGCAGUUAUUUAAAGCACCA